AUGCUACCUGUCUUUAUACGGGUCAAGAAUGUUGCAGCAGGGAGACAUGGACUUGUGGCAAUAGCGGCCUCUGUUACAAAGACGCCGGAGCUUGUCAAGUCCGUACUGUCGAGUCAACCGACGGAAUAUGCGGACGAGUCGAAGGCAGGCAUACAUUCCGCACAUGCGGAAAAUGGGGAGACUGCUGUAAUCUUGAAGGGAAAUGCGGGAAGGGGCCAGAAUUUUGUGGCAGAGGCAUAUGUCAGGAAGGGCAAUGCAGUGACCCUGAUUAUCCAAUGGAUUAUUUUCCACAAGCGCUACCAUGGGAGUUUGGAGAGGGUCUACCGUGAUCUCAGUCUUGUAUUUUCAUUCAUUUAG